CUCCAUUAAUUGACCAAAUUACAAAUUUCUCAAACAAUAAGAAGCAUGUCGGUAUUCUCACUGGAUGCAAGCCAUGGCAACCCCGUCACAACGGAAACCCUAGACAAACUUUGCUUACAGCUUGGCAUGCCGAUAGAUGAAAAAGAGAAGGAAGACUAUCGACGCCUACUUGCGGUUUUUCAUGAUGCGAGCGAACAGCUGAUGGCUAUGGAAGAUUACAUCCCAUGCGUGGAUGAAGAUCGCUUUCUGAGAGAAAAUGCACAUUUUCCAGAGAGAUCAGAAAAUGCUCAUGGAGCAUGGGCGUGGAAGUGCAAUAUCACUGACAAGCUCGCUGACAGCAAAGGGAAGCUGCACGGCAAGACCUUUGUCUUGAAAGACAAUAUAGCUGUCAAAGGCGUUUCGAUGCUAUUAGGCACCAAAUUCAUCAAAGACUACGUUCCGGAUCUCGAUGCAACAGUUACAACGCGUAUCUUGGAAUCCGGCGGGCGUAUCCUGGGAAAAGCUGUUUGCGAAAAUCUAUGUCACUCAGCAACAAGCCACUCCUCCGGUACUGGCAUAGUUGAGAAUCCGUUUGCAAAAGGCUACAGUGCAGGCGGAAGCUCUAGUGGAUCAGGAGUCAUCGUUGCACUGGGCGAAGCUGAUGGAGCCAUCGGCGCAGAUCAAGGAGGAAGUAUUCGUGUCCCAGCCGCCAAUUGCGGCAUCGUAGGACUAAAGCCUACAUUCGGACUUGUCCCAUACACGGGCUGUGGCAGCAAUGAGCCAACCAACGACCACAUCGGCCCUAUGACACGCACCGUUCUAGAAAACGCUCUUCUCCUCGAAACUAUCGCAGGCAAUGAUAACAUUGAUGAUCGCUCCUUUGCUGCACCACACCCCUCUAAAGUCCCACUCUACACUUCCAUCGCCAACCUUCCCUUAGAGAAACCUCUCCAAGGAAAGAAAUUCGCAAUAAUAACCGAAUCCCUCUCCACCCCUGACAUGGACAACCGCGUAGUCCAAACCUUCCUCGCCGCAGCCUCAAAAUACACCUCACUCGGUGCAACCGUAACCCAAGUCUCCAUCCCCCUCCACUCCAAAGGCGCUGCGAUCUGGACCGGCAUCUCCAAAGUCGGUGGAUUCCUAAGCAAAACCAGUGGCCCCUUUGGGCGUCGCUCGCACCAAAUGCUUUCCCUGAACACUCUCUUCCAGCAAGCUGCCGCAGCUCGGGAAAGCUGGGACGAAGCAUACCCUUCUACAAGGAAUAUUUACCUAAACGGACUAUAUGCGACACAGCAGUUCCCCAAUUUGCUCGCUAAAGCCACAAACCUGUCUAGACAGCUGCGCGAUGCGUAUGAUGCGGUGCUAAACGAGUAUGACUUGUUACUUACGCCUACGCUACCGUACGUGGCGACGAGUCAUCCGUCGCCUGAUGCGACGCCGUUGGAGCAGGUGGCGAAGCAGGUUGGGUUGACAUCGAAUAUGGCGCCGUUUAAUCAGAGUGGGCAUCCAGCGCUUGCGCUGCCAAUUGGGUUUUUGGAUGUGUUGGAGGGGCCAGGCGUGCAGGAUGGAGUCCGGUUGCCGGUUAGCAUGCAGAUUGUGGGGAGGUGGUGGGGUGAGAUGGAAGUUUUGGAAGCGGCGUAUGCGUGGGAGAGGGAGUGGAAUUGGAGGGAGUUGUGAGGAGAAGAAGAAGACAUUGGAACACCGAAUCUUGAUUGCAGUAUGAUACAAACUACUGUACUGGUGAAAAGAAUGACCAAAUAACUUUUUUUCUGGAAAAAAAACGGUUGAAUAUUAUAUCCUGUUGUCCAUCCCCAAUUACCUACCGGUAUGACUUGAUUCCUCGUCUCGACUGAUCGUCUUCUCGACACUCUUGU